CGCCAAAUACAAAUAUACCGGCAACUACGUCCGGAAUAUCAAUGUCACCAAACAACAUUAUCCUUUCAAUUGUAAACCAACUAAAAUUAUGUUCAAAUACAAAACAACUCCAAUCCCUAUACUCCUUAAUGCUAAAAAAUGGCACAACCAAAGACUGUUUCUUGAUGAACCAAUUCAUUUCCACAUGUUCUACACUUAACACCCCACAUUUUGCAUCACUUGCAUUUUCCCACAUGGAAAAUCCAAAUGUAUUUGUUUACAACUCAUUAAUAAGAGCUUUUGUUCAUUGUCACAACCCCAUUAAAGCUUUACAAUUGUACAUAGACAUGUUAAAAACUCAAAAUAUUCCAACUAGCUAUACAUUUUCAUCAGUAAUUAAAGGUUGUACUUUAGUAUGUGGUUUAAGAUUAGGUGAAUGUGUACAUGGACAAAUUUGGAAAUAUGGGUUUGAGUCUCAUGUUUUUGUACAAACUGGGAUAAUCGAUUUUUACGCGAAUUUGGGUCGAGUUGAUUUAGCUCGAUUAGUGUUCGAUGAAAUGCCUCAAAGAGAUAAUUUCGCUUGGGCUGCUAUGGUUUCAGCCCAUGUUAGUGUUGGUGAUUUGGGUUCUGCUAAAAAUUUGUUUGAUCAAAUGCCUGAGAAAAUUACUGCUGCUUAUAAUGCUAUGAUCAAUGGGUAUGCAAGAAAAGGGGAUGUCGAGUCGGCUGAAGUAUUAUUUAAGGAAAUGUCGAGGAAAGAUUUGAUCGCGUGGACGACGAUGAUUAACUGUUACUCGCAAAACAGGAAAUAUGGACUAGCUAUAGAGGUUUUUAAUGAUAUGAAGAGUGAGUUUAUCACUCCUGAUGAAGUAACGAUGACAAGUGUUAUAUCCGCUUGUGCACAUCUUGGUGCCCUGGAUAAAGGAAAGGAAAUGCAUUUUUAUGUUAUGGAAAAAGGUUUUGAUCUUGGUGUUCAUAUCGGGUCUGCAUUAAUUGACAUGUAUGCAAAAUGCGGGAGCUUGGAGAGAUCACUCUUGGUGUUUUAUAAGUUAAGGGAGAAAAACCAUUUUUGUUGGAAUUCUGUUAUCGAUGGAUUGGCUGUUCACGGUUAUGCAGAAGCAGCGUUAGCCCUUUUUGGCAAAAUGGAGAAAGAAAGGGUAAAGCCGAAUGGUGUUACUUUCGUUAGCGUUCUUACAGCUUGUACUCAUGCAGGGCUAGUUGAAAAGGGUCGAAAGAUUUUUCUAAGUAUGACUCGGGAAUACGGGAUCCGUCCUGAAAUGGAACAUUAUGGAUGCAUGGUUGAUCUAUUGUGUAAAGCCGGUUUGUUAGAGGAAGCGUUAGAUAUUAUAAGAAGUAUGAGAAUAGAACCAAAUGCUGUUAUUUGGGGUGCUUUACUUGGCGGUUGCAAGCUUCAAAAGAACUUGGAAAUUGCUCGAGUCGCUGUUGAAAAGUUGAGCGUUUUGGACCCGAACAACAGUGGCUAUUACACCCUACUAGUAAACAUGCAUGCUGAUGCAAAUAGAUGGACUGAAGUCGCGAGGAUAAGGACAAUCUUGAGAGGAUUAGGAGUAGGAAAAGAAUAUCCGGGUUCCAGUUGGAUCGAAAUAGAGAAAAAGAUUCAUCAGUUUGCUGCUUGUGAUAAUUAUCAUCACUCUUCACAGGAGAUCUAUAACUUACUAGAUGGAUUAGAUGGGCAACUUAAGCUGGCUGGUCAUGUUCAGGAGCUUGGAUUUGUUCUCUAGUGACAGGCAAAACCAUUGUUGACAGCAUAGACUUCAUAUUCAAAUUGGCUAACUCUUUUUAGCAAAAUAGAGAAAGAAAAAGUAAAGCCAAAUGGUAUUACUUUCGUCAGCGUUCUUACAGCUUGUACUCAUGCAGGGUUAGUUGAAAAGGGUCGAAAGAUUUUUCUAAGUAUGACUCAGGAAUACGACAUCCCUCCUAAAAUGGAGCAUUAUGGAUGCAUGGUUGAUCUAUUAUGUAAGGUCGGUUUGCUAGAGGAAGCAUUGGAGAUUAUAAGAAGCAUGAGAAUAGAGCUGAAUGCUGUUAUUUGGGUGCGUUACUUGGUGGUUGCAAGCUUCAGAAGAACUUGGAAAUUGCUCAAGUUGAGCGUUUUGGAGCCGAAUAACAGUGGAUACUACACUCUACUAGUGAAUAUGUGUGCUGAUGCAAAUAGAUGGAGCCGCUAGGAUCAGGGUGAUCUUGAAAGGAUUAGGAGUGGGAGUAGGAGUAGGAAAAGAGCAUCCGACUUCCAGUUGGAUCGAAAUAGAGAAAAAGAUCCAUCAGUUUGCUGCUUGUGAAUAUUAUCACCACUCUUCACAGGAGAUUUAUGCCUUACUAGAUGGAAUAGAUGGGCAACUUAAGCUGGCUGGUCAUGUUCAGGAGCUUGGAUUUGUUCUCUUAUGAGAGGGCAAAGCCAUUGUAGCAUAGUCUUCAUAGUCAAAUUGACUAAAUAUUUUGUAUUCUGUUGUAGUGGAUUUAAAGCGAGAACUGUACAUUUGAAGAGGCAAAAGAAAUGCAAAGUUGUUUUCGUCACUAUGUUCGACUAAAUUUACGUAUAUUAAUUUACUGCUUCUAACGC